GCGGGAGCUGUGCCGGAGCAGCCCCGCCGCUGCCAUCGGAGCACCCCGAGCCCGGGCCCGCCCCGCCUCCAACAGCUCCGGCGGGGCGGGACCCCCGAGUCCGCGACUGAAAUAGGGGGAGGGCUCAACCGGCCCCACCCCCCGGUGGCCGCUGCCCGCCGAGCGUCCCGCCGCGCCACGCCGCCUGCGAGUCUUUUUUCAGAGUCUGAAGAGCCUGAGACACACUUGCCAGCUUCCCACUGCUCCCCUGCGGCAUCUCACUUUCAGCUUUCAGGUUAACUGAAAUCUGCAAACAUUCUCUGCUGCAAGAAAAAGAGGGUGAUGUCAUCAGAAGAUGAUGCUGGCGGGGAGGCUCCUGGGGGCAGUUUCUGGGAGGCUGGAAACUACAAGCGGACAGUGAAACGUGUGGAUGACGGCUACCGGCUCUGCAAUGACCUUAUCUCCUGCUUCCAGGAGCGAGCCAAGAUAGAGAAGAACUAUGCCCAGCAGCUAACAGAAUGGUCCCGUAAGUGGAGGACCAAUGUGGAAAGAGGUCCUCAGUAUGGUACUCUGGAAAAGGCCUGGCAUGCCUUCCUGACAGCUGCAGACAAACUGAGUGAAAUUCACCUGGCUGUCCGGAACCACCUGGCUGGUGAAGAUUCGGAUAAGAUCAAGGCCUGGCAGAAGGAGGCCUACCACAAGCAGAUGAUUGGAGGCUUCAAGGAAACAAAGGAUGCAGAGGACGGGUUCCGCAAGGCCCAGAAACCCUGGGUGAAGAAGAUGAAAGAUGUGGAGACUUCUAAGAAAAACUAUCAUGCAGCCCGGAAGGAGGAGAAAACGGCCCAUACAAGGGAGAACCAUGCCAAAGCAGACUCGUCUGUCUCACAGGAGCAGAUGCGCAAGUUGCAGGAGCGUGUAGAGAAGUGCACUCAGGAGGCUGAGAAGUGCAAGGAUCAGUAUGAGAAGAUGCUGGAAGAAUUGAAUCGCUACAAUCCCCGCUACAUGGAGGACAUGGAGCAAGUGUUUGAGGGCUGUCAGGAGGCAGAGCGCAAGCGAUUGUGCUUCUUUAAGGAGAUGCUUCUGAAUCUGCACCAGCAUCUCAACCUCUCCACCAGUGAAAGCUUUCAUGCGUUGUAUCGGGACCUCCACCAAGUCAUCAUGGCUGCAGACAACCAGGAGGACCUGAAGUGGUGGCGCAACACUCAUGGACCGGGCAUGGCGAUGAACUGGCCUCAGUUUGAGGAAUGGUCCCUCGAAACACAGAGGCAAAUCACCAAGAAGGAGAAGAGUGGCAAGAUGGCUGAUGAUGUCACACUGACCAGCAUUUUGCCUACACGAGAUGGUGUUGUCUCACAGACCCCUCUGCAGACAAGGUUUUCCUAUCAAGAGGAGCAGAACAGCUUCUUCUGUGACACCCUGAAGGCACCAACCCAUGUGAACGGAGGGAAGGAAGACAUUUUGGAGUGGUCAGAUGAGGACACUCCCAAGAAGUGUCCGGAUGCCAACAGGCAUGAGGAAGACCUAAAGGUACCAGGUGUACGGGUACGAGCACUCUAUGAUUACACAGGACAGGAGGCUGAUGAGCUGAGCUUUAAAGCAGGUGAAGAACUAAUGAAGAUUAGUGAGGAAGAUGAGCAGGGCUGGUGCAAGGGCCGACUUCUCACUGGUCAAGUUGGACUCUAUCCUGCUAAUUACGUUGAGAAGGUUGGAUCAUGAUUGCUGCUGCCCCACCAGUGCCUCACAGCCAUACCAGCAUCGCCUGCAGAGGUCACUGGGUCACUCCUGGCCCCAACCCACCUUUGCAGUAUAUCCAGCAGCUUCUGGACUUUAAAGGCACAUAUUCCAUGUAACUAAUGCUUCAUUUUAAACAUCUAGAUCUGUAGGGAUUUUCUAAAAAAUAAACAAGGAUGAAUAAAGACUUUUCUGAGCACUACAGUAGUGUAGGAGUGCAGAAAGAAACAGAUCCUUUUGACUUGCACUCAGUGAAAGGAGGUAAGUGUUUUCAGGGGGCUCUGUAGAAGAGAAAAAGCAUAUUUCCUUGACUUCAGUGCACAUGCAUCCAUAGUGCAUUGGGUGUUGAGGUCUGCCCUGCCUCCAGGCUUCCUGUUCAAUUAACUGUUGAUAUGCAGGGUAAUAGGGAACUUCUACUAUUGUUUCCCCUUUUUAGCUCCAUCAAGCUGACUGGCAGAAAGCUCUUUAUUCUCUCAUGUCUUUUAUAAGUUUUCCCUCACCUGCAAGCUUGUUGGCUUCCCUGAUAAGGCAGCUGGUAAAAGUUACACAGCUACAACCUGAACAUCUGUUUUCACUGCCCUAAUUUUUAUUGAGAUAACCCCAGGAAUGAAUGAUUGUAUAGCUGAGGCACAGGAGAAAGAAGCUUCUGUCUUGCAUGGUGUGGCUGUUCAGGCUAAUGAGUUCUGAACAGACCUGUUGUGCAGCAAGCUGGAGUUGACUGAAUGCUCCCUGAGCUAAAAUGGAUUUGAGACAUGCUGAAGGCUGUUUUUAACAAAAUGACAGCCAUGUUCCAGUGCUUUUCUGCUUAGGAUUCCUAAAUUCACUUGUGCAUAAUCUAACACAUCUAGAUUAUUUUUGCUACACCUAUCUUCAAGAGCACUUAGUGCACAGUAGAGACCCCUUUUUUUUCCCUUUCCAAGAUCUUCUUGACAUACACAGGGCUAGAAGUGCACUCCCUGCUUUGCCAAAGACCCCUGCACUGUGAUGAGGGUUGCACUGUGGAAGUUGCCUGCUGGGUAGCACAAAUUAUCUAUAGAGGGAUAACUCCCCUUUUUGUCCUGAAUUGCUGCAAGUGCACUUCUGCCCAGUUGUUAAGUGCCAUUCAGCAGGGAGGAUGUAUCAAACAUCUUUCUCUCACCUGUCCUCCUGCCUUUGAAAGCCUGUGAGGCCGCUGGGAAGACCUGGCAUCCUGAUCCUAGUGCUCUGCAUAUUCCAGCAUAGGGACUGAUAAGCCCAAGAGCUUGAGGGAACAAAAAACUGGAAAAGCUCCCAUUGUCAGAAACAAAGGCAAGCAAGCGUUUGCUUAAAAAUGGCUUACUUAGUACAUCUGCUUGAAAGUGCUGCUGAAAUGCAUUUGAGUUUAUAGUAACCUUCUCUAGUGACAUUCUUAUUCCGGCCUAGCAGAUGUGAGUGACCUGGCUCAGUCAGACUCACAAAACUCAGUCGAGCCUCCACCAACCACUUGGGGUGAACUGCUUCAGAGCUGUUUGAAAAAAGGGUGCUACACAUAAAGUCUAAAGUCAUGGAUGAACAAUGCGAUUAAAUGUAUUGUGUUAACAGCAGCUAGUAAACCAAAAUGUAGACUAAAACAGAGGAGGGGACAGACAUAUUCAAGCACUGUUAAUUUAUGAAGAUUAAAGUAUCACAAACAUCUCAUUGCCUGGUUGACACCAGAAAUUAGCCUUUUACAGCAUACUGGAUGUCUUGAAAUGUAGUCUGCCAUGGACAAAAACAUGGGAGACUAAUGCUAUUUAGUGCUUUUGUGAGACCACAGAAAUUUACAGUUGGAAAGUUUUGCUUGAAAUAUCCCUAGCAAUGUACUUCAUGAAUGGGGAAGAGGCGUGCAAACCAAAAGAAAAAGGCUAAAGCAUUUUGCUCAGAGUCUAUUAUGUAAUUUCUCAAUAAAAGAUAAAGUAUUUCCAAAAGGCAAUUAUAUAUCUAAGCAACAGACAUUAAAAAUGCCUGGAUUUAGCUAUGAAUUUAAUUAGUAUUCUAGGUUCAGUAUCUGAAGAUACCUCUAAGCUUAUGCCAUGUAAUUAGAAGUGUUGGUAUAUAAGCACUUGGAUUUAUUUAAAGAUCCAGUCUGCUUUCAGUUCUGUGUCUCAAGUAAAAAUAUAAUUAGAGUUGUGCAGUAAUUGCAAGUGUUCCACUUGCUGACCCACAAUGGAAUGAUUUGUUGCUCCUUUGUCCUAGCACAUGCAAAUAUGAAGAGAGCCGUGCCUGCCAGGCUUCUGAGAGAACUGAGACUAAAACAGUGCUAAAAUGACCUGAGAUUCCUAUAAACAGUACUGAAGUUUCCCUGAUUAAUCUGCAUAUUUCAAACACUAAUGCUAGACUUGCAUGUAAGGUCAAAAAAUGGUAGAAGGGAGCUACAGAGGAUGACAUGGAAAAUUGACUUUUAACUCCUCUUUUGAGUUCUAGUCAGGCUAUAAUUAGGGAUGGAGCUAGGUGUGGCCAUAACAUGCUAAAGGACAGAAAUGUCCAGUGAACAGGACCUCUGAUUACAGUACAAACAACCUGAAAUUCCACAGGACAAAGUCUGAACAGACUUGUUUAUCCUAGGAAAACAUGACCACCUGAUUAUAGUGGGCUGCUUGAAGGUUUCCAGAAAUUGUGACAUAUUGUAUCUUAUGUGAACAAGUUCUCUAAGGACUGUUUGCACAUCAGAAAUUCCUGCCAAGAGCUGAAGUAAUGGACAGCAGACAAUACAUUGAGAAUGAAAAAUUGUGUGGCUGGACUAUACCUCACAAACAGGCAUGGCACUUAGUCCUGGCUACCCAAAACCAUCUGGAUUAGUAAAAGAGAGCUUGUGUAGUAAAGAUCCAGCUGGAGGGAAGGAGGGAAAAAAAACCCACACCAACUUACAUCUAAUGAUCUUAUAUUAAAGUAAUAGCUCUGCCUGGAUACUUGGUUUUCCACAGAAGCAAAUGAGGUUUUGUUAACCACAAAGGUUCUAGUUGAAACUUCCAUGCCAUGCCAGAAGUUUUGUGUGUGAACAGAGACACGUAUACAUAAACUAAUUGCUGUGCCUGAAUUCCAGAAGGCCAGUGAAGCCUAUUCUUCCCCCGUGGUUUUUGUAAAAAAAAUACAAACGCACCUCUGUGCCUGAUGGGCAACACAGUGAAUAAUUAUCUAGUCAUAUUUUAUUUUUUAAUAAAGCCAUUCCUUGUGGAAAACACA